GCUGGUUAGUGAGGAGCUACACUUGCUUGCAGUGUGCCUGUUUGUGUGGGUUUUGUGUUUGUCUUAGUGUUUUGACACAUGACCAGGAUUAGUGUGUCAUUAGUGAACAGUGAUCGUUAUGUAUUUCAUAUAUACCCGUAGAUAUUUGAAAAUGUCGCAUAUCAGUUGAGUAACGUUAUCAUCUUGGCCCUAUAUGUGAAGCAGUGACUUACGGUUUAAGUUUAAUUAUAUAGUGCCCAGGAUUCCGUCACCAUUAAGCACACAUCACCGCCUAAUAUAGUUCUGGGUAUUCAUACCCCAGCCAGUGGCCCUCAUGCACAUUUAGUUGGACAGGACUUGUAGGACCAUUUUCUGCCACUGGAAUUUUAUAAAGUUAAGGUCGCAGCACCAUAAACCUUUAAAAGACGAGAGGGCAUUGAUUCCUGUCUGACUGACGGCAUACGACUGAACGAUUGAAAGAAGUGAGCGGUCAGGAUGGCAGACACAAGUCAGACAGCGCAGUCUCCGCCAGCUGAGCCACAGACAAAUGGCAUUGAUACCGAUGAGGAAGACAAAAACAAGUUACGACCCGCAGACAUUGAUGCUGACAUGCGAGAAAUGGAACGUCGGAAGCGAGUGGAGAUGGUAAUGAACAGUAGGCUAUUCCGCGAGGAGUUGGAGCGGAUCAUCGAGGUGCAGAUGAAGGAUGGUGGUGGUCCAGCAGGGCUGUUACAGCAGAUCUCAGACAUGAUGGGCGUCCAGGGUGGCCGCCUCCACUCUGGACACAUGUUCAAAAGUUCAAAUUGUGUUGUUCCCAUCAAUGAUAUUCGAGGUGUUGAAAGUAUGGGAUAUGCUAAAGGAGAAAAGAUACUUCGAUGUAAGUUGGCAGCAGUCUACAGGUUGAUGGAUCUGUAUGGUUGGACUCAGGGCAUUUAUAACCAAAUAUCGGCAAGGUUAAAUCAAGACCAAGAACACUUUCUUGUGAACCCGUUUGGUAUAUUGUAUCAUGAAAUCACUGCAUCCAGUCUUGUGAAGAUAGAUAUGCAAGGCUCGGUGGUGGAACAAGGUACUACCAACUUUGGUAUCAAUGUAGCUGGCUUCAUGCUGCACUCAUCGAUACACGCUGCUCGCCCAGACAUCAGAUGCAUCAUUCAUAUUCAUACACCCUCGGUACUUGCUGUGUCAUCUCUCAAGUGUGGGCUGUUGCCUCUGUGCCAAGAAUCAAUUGUUAUUGGAGAAGUGAGUCAGCAUCCAUAUCUCGGAGGGCUGUUUGAACCUGAAGAACGAGAAAAGAUUGCACGGAAUUUAGGACCCUUGAACAAAGUUAUGUUCCUCGCAAAUCAUGGUGCAGUUUGCUGUGGUGAAACAAUAGAAGAAGCAUUUUUCAAUGUUUACAACACUGUGCUGGCUUGUGAAACUCAGAUGAAGCUGAUGCCACUGGGUGUCGAGAACCUGGUACUGAUAUCUGACGAGACACGAAAACAAGUGUAUGAUGCGGCACGUCGUCACCCUGAUGCCAUACCAAAGCAGCUGCAGGAUACCACUGAUGGUCCUGCCACAGCUACUAAGAAGGAAAAGCAGUGGCGCGUGGGUGGUGUGGAGUUUGAGGCUCUAAUGAGAAUGCUUGACAAUGCUGGUUUCCGCACAGGCUACAUCUAUAGACAUCCAUUAGUUAAGGGUGAACUUCCACGUCCUCGAAAUGAUAUUGAGGUCCCACCAGCUGUUUCCUCACUUGGUUACUUACUAGAAGAGGAGGAGCUGUACAAGCAUGGACAGUGGAAAAGAUACAUUGAUGGACGCAAGACGCACGAUCGCACACGGUGGUUGAACUCCCCUAAUGUCUAUCAGAAAGUUGAGAUCCUGGAGACAGGAACACCAGAUCCCAAGAAGAUUACAAAGUGGGUGGAUGCGAAUGCAGAGGAGUGGGUAGCGGAUGGCUCUCCAACACACAGUAGUACUCCAGUGAGGAUUGAAAGUGCGCUGCAGUUUGUACCCAAGAACACUGAUCCUCGAGAAUUCAAGAAGCUUCAACAGCAGAUUAAGGAUAAUAGACGUGCAGACAAAAUAACAUCAGGUCCACAGUCACACAUCUUGGAAGGCGUGUCUUGGGAAGAAGCCAAGAAAUUGCAGGAUGCAAACAUCUCAGCAACAGGGGACCAGGUGGUCCUAGUGGGAGCUGCAUCCAAAGGAAUCAUUCAGCGAGGAUUCCAGCACAAUGCCAUGGUCUACAAGACACCAUAUGCCAAAAAUCCAUUUGAUACAAUCACGGAUGAAGAACUGGAGGAAUACAAGAAGGUUGUAGAGAGGAAACAAAAAGGAGAGUCGUUUGAUGAGGACCAGUCUGAAUCAGAACCUCUCUCGUCGUCACUUCAGAAUAGCCGGCCGACCAAUGAUGGGAAUCUCGGCCCCAUAAAGUCUCCCCUUACAUCACCUAUGUCUGCAGCCAGUGAAACAGAAGAAGAGAGCAGAGAUGAGCCACGAGUGUUGCGGAUAGAGACAAAGCAGGCGCCACGACCUAGCCAGGCUGAAGUUGUCCUUAGUGAUGCUGAGUCUGAUUUUCCUGACCCAAACGUAGAGCGUUCCUUGUCUCUCCGCUACACACCUAAAGCUCCAGAAGCCACAGUUGAGUCAGGGCAGUUUAGACGCUCAUGGUCUCUGGGACGUGACAAGACAAAGCAGAAAGGGGAAAAUACAAUGAAUGGUGAUGAUCCUGAUGCACCCCACAGCACAUUCUCACAGAGCAGCAAAGAGGGUUCACCCACUAAAGACAUGUCUACUGAGGAGUCACCAAAAAAGGACAAGAAAAAGAAGAAAGGACUAAGAACACCGUCCUUCCUCAAGAAGAAAAAGGAGAAGAAGAAGAUAGCCGAAGCAUAGGCAGUAAAACUAUAAAGCACUGCCAGGUGAAAUGAAACAUGGAAAAAAUUGAAGUGACCACCUCCCACAAUCUUUCAGAAGAAUUAAAUACUGCCACCUGACACAUCUUAGCAUUUAGUUGGAAGAAACAAGCUGGUAUGUGAUGUGCAUUGCUGUUGUGCCAUAUGCACACAUCUGUAACGUUCAUGUCUGUCUGCUGCAGUAUGGGCACAGUGAGACAGCAAGCUUCUGUCAGUGCUAUAUGAAUUAUUACUUGCUGCUUCUUAAAUUGUUUUUAUUUUUAAACAGUAGAUAUAUAAUAAUAUAGCUUUGUACAGACCAAGAAUGUGAAGAUGAAGAAAAAAGUAUGUGCAAAAUGCCAGAAAGGUGGUGAUUAAUAAGAAACUAAAAAAAUGUUUCCAACUUACAGUUAUUACUAUGUGUACAUGAAUUUAAACCUACAAUUCUUUUUAUUACAUUUUCUGACAGCAAAAGUAGGACAGUAGCAUUUCAGAUGUUACCUAUCGUGCUUGGAUGGUUUCCGCAGUUUGCUGGUGUGAAGGACGUGAUUAUUGACACGGCAAUAUGCUUGAGGAACAAAUGUAGUUUUAAUUAUUCUCUGGUGCACAAAUAAUUGGGGGUGUUAUCUUUCUAGCGUUAUAAGUGGGAGCUUAAAAUUAAGUAGUGCUCCUUUUUUUUUCUAUUGUGGGCUUUCGAUAUCGGUGCAGAAAAACUGUGGGCACAAAGUCCAUCGGACUACUCAGUGAAUUUAUGCCUGUGUCAGCGUACUUGCUGCUGAUGGUUCUAUAUAUUUGCUCUUUUGCAAUACUACUGGUACAGCCAUCCCUUUAUGUUGCCAAGUAAGCAGUCAGUGUUCAUGGUAUCUUUUAUGGAGCAGCAGUUUUCUUAGAUCCAUAGUGUAAGUAGCAAAACUUUAGAUUUAAAAAAUGUUUAAGGAAGAAUGAAACUUUGCUCUUUGGAAGAACAGACUUGUAAAAAAAAUCUUAUGAGGUUUGUUGGACAGGUGGAGUGAGAAUGUGUCAUAUGAAACUGGGUAGAAAACAUUUGGGAGAGAUUGGCAUUUAAAACCCAGUUGAGAAUAUUAAUUUUCAUAUAGGUAUAAUUUUAACAACUUCCACAGUUACUGUUUUUAAUUGGAUUUAAUUCAGUCAUUUUGUAUAAACUACGUGAUGGAAGUAUAUGUGACAACCGUGUUUUAAUUUUUGAUAUUAUGUAAUUUAAAAGUUGAUCUAUAGUUUAUUUUUUAGAAAUGUUUUCAAUAUAUGUGGUGAGAGUUUUAGAUGCCUGUAUUAUAUGUUAAUUUUUUCCCGAUUUAAUCGAGUAUGCAAGGAUGCCAGUACUCAUGUUUGUUUCUAUUUUAACAUGACUUUGGCAUUGUCAUUUGUGGUGAGAGAUUCCAGUCACUGCUUGCUUUUUAGAUUCACUCACCCACUCUCUUCACAGACCACUGCAUCACAUCAUUUCAGAUAAUAGUUCUCUGUAGAAAUUUUAAAGUAUAAAUCACCUGUACAUUUUGUAUGAAUAUUAAUUGUAUCCAUGGUUUUCAAUGUCAGGAAAUGGUGGCAUGGCAACACAGAAAACAUUUCAAAUUAAUCAACCCUAUCCAUUCUUGUGUGAGAUAGAAAAAGUUAUACUAUGUUUGUGAUUUGUAGUGUUAUCAACAAGAUUGAAAUAGGAGGGAACAAUAUGUAAUGAUUAUAGUAAAGAAAGGCUUGUGUAUAUUUUUUAUUUUGAACAUUAUAUUCUGAAGAAAUUCUG